AUGGAGCAGCAGCAAUUGGAGUUGUCGUUCAGUUGCAGAAAUCAAGUUGAUGGAAAUAGCGAAAGGUUUAUUGGUGUGAUUGCAAGGGUGGAAUGCAUAUUAGGCGAAGUACUUUCACGUGGUGGUUCCAUCAAAUUACCACUGUUUCCAAACGGAGGAAUAUCGUUUUUACGCUUGGAAACAUAUGAGACAAAACUGUCAAGUCAGGCUGUUCAUUUGCAGUUUAAAGGUCAUAGUUUACAUGCCCCAUCGAGUGAUUGUCCCUUGGAUGCCUAUUUUAUGAUGUAUUUGGUUCCGGAAGGUGCAUCAAAAUUACUAUUGCAUAAAAGUGAAGCAAUUGCCGAAAAACAUCCUGUGUGGAAAGCUUUUCUCGUCCCUAUUUCUCAUUUUUCAUUUGCGUCCGCUAGCUGCUCGAUUGAAAUUGAUGUUUAUAACUACAACGUUAAUCGCGAGGAUACACUCAUAGGGAAAUGUGCGACAUCAUUUGAUCAGCUUUUGAGAGGAGUUGGCGCUUUAAACGCAUACAAGUUGUCAGGUCUUGAGGGCAAAAAGAAGGGAAACGCUUCAGUGGAAUUGGUGAACGUUAUCCAGGUUGCAUCGUCUUCAUUUAUUGACUACCUUAAAGCUGGAACGCAGAUUCAUUUCUCAGUAGCUGUAGAUUUUACGGCUUCAAACGGGAAUCCACUGGAUCCAUCAUCACUGCACUACAUUCAUCCACACAAAUUUAACCCAUAUAUGACGGCACUAAGUGCAGUUACAUCGGUAAUUGGAAAAUAUAAUAGACAUGGACGAAUUGCUGCACUUGGUUUCGGAGCACAGACACCUCCUGAUUAUAAAAAUGGUGAUGCCAAAGAUCCGCACGUUAAUGGUAUUGAUGGCGUAUUGAACGCAUAUCGUUCUGCUUUACUCUCUAUACGACCAUAUGCACCAACGGAUUACUCAGAAGUUAUAUAUCAUACUUACAAGUUUGGAGCAGCAGUGCAACGUCAGGGAAGGAGUGAUCAUUAUUUUGUGUUACUCAUUGUAACAGAUGGAUGUGUGACGAAUCCAGAGCGAACGGUGAAUGCAAUCGUGGAUUGUGCAGAAUUACCCGUGUCGAUUGUUAUUGUUGGUGUUGGUAACCAAGACUUUUCCCCAAUGCAGCGUCUGCUUUCCCCGAUACUUAAAUCUUCUGAGGGCCGUUUAUUACGCCGCGAAAUUGUUACUUUUGUUCCUUAUACUGCUUCUAUGACCAGUAAUGAACUUGUUACAAAAUUGUUACUAAAUGUGCCCCGGCAGUUUCUUACCUGGGCCAUGAUGCAUGGUAGGUUCGCAUCAUCAAGAUAG